AACCAAAACACAACAAUUGCAAAUUUCGCUCGCCAAAUUCACAAAUCCCGGUGAAAAUUCACAGUAGCCCUCAUUUCGGCCACUUUUCCUCCCUCCCACGUCACUCCAGCGACAUUAAUCAUGAUUCCGGUACCAGAGACAAGUGCGCAAAAAAUAUGAAAAAUGGAAGUGUUAAGAGCCGUACUGAAAUCCCAGAUAGCGAAAAUUCCCGUGUAUUUAGCCGUCCCUAGUCGCUCGUACGCCAGAUUGGCCGAGGUGGGUCGCUUGGACGCCCCCAAAAUCACAGGAAAGUAUGAGACGGGGCAGCUGAUCCUGCACCGGGUGUUCGGCUACCGGGGGGUGGUGCUCUUUCCGUGGUUGGCUCGGGUGUAUGAUAGGGAUUUACCGCAGCACCGGACGGGGGAUCUGGAGCCCAGUCCCGGAGUCGGGAAGGAAGUGAGGGGGCGCACGCACACCUUCUACCAAGUGCUCAUCGAUCAAAGAGACUGUCCCUAUAUUAGGGCUCAAACUGAAGCUGUGACUUUCUUGGGUAAUCAAGACUCCUCUAGAAGUUUGUAUGCGAUUCCGGGGCUCGAUUAUGUCGCACAUGAGGAUAUUAUACCCUACACGAGUGCAGAGAAGUCGCCGCUGCAUCAUGAAUUGUUCGAUAAGUUUUUGGCCUACGAGCCAGAUAAAGACCCACCUUUCGUCCCUCAGGAAACCCUCAGAGCCUGGCAGAACAAAAACCACCCCUGGCUAGAAUUGUCAGAUGUCCACAAAGAAACGACUGAAAAUAUUAGGGUAACCGUAAUCCCGUUCUAUAUGGGCUUCAGGGAGUCACACUCCACUUCAGUAUACUGGUGGAGAUAUUGUAUAAGGUUAGAAAAUUUAGGAUCACUCAGUGUACAGCUACGGGAACGACACUGGAGAAUUUUUUCUCUGUCUGGAACUUUAGAGACUGUGAGGGGGCGAGGGGUGGUGGGGCAAGAGCCCGCCCUCACCAGGACCCUACCGGCGUUCCAAUAUAGUAGUCACGUGAGCUUGCAAGCCCCUAGUGGACACAUGUGGGGUACUUUCAGAAUGGAACGUGAAGAUGGCUACACUUUCGACUGUCGAAUCCCGCCAUUUUCGUUAGAAAGUAAACCCGAUAUAGUGCCAGCAGCGCCGCCUGGUGGAAUUUGAGCAACUACUCCCUAUGUAAUACAUUUGCGCAAUUAAAGACGAAAUUCGAGUGUUUUCCUAA